AUGUCAUCCGACGAAAGCUCCAACUCUUCUAAUUCUUCAUCCAAUUCGGAAAAUAGCCAAACACAACGAUACGAAAGACAAAGGCAAGCCAAUCGUCUUGUUAACCAAAUGAUGGAUGAAGUUUUUAUGUCCAAUCCAAUUGAAAUAUAUCAAAUGUUAAAUAAAGUUCCAAGGGCACCAAGGAUCCCUGUUCCAAGGGAUCGUGAGGAUGGACACAAUCGUUUAUGGAAUGACUACUUUGCUGACCAUCCUGUGUUUCCCCCACAGUUAUUUCGUCGGAGAUUUCCUGCUAUGAGGCUAAUAGCUUAUGGCACCUCUGUUGAUUCUGUAGAUGACUACAUUCGAAUUAGUGCAUCCCUUGCAAGAGAUUCACUACAACAUUUUGUGGGAGGAAUUGUCUCUUACUUUAGUGAUGAAUACCUUAGAAAGCCCAAUGAAGAAGAUCUAGUAAGACUACUAAGAAUUGGUGAACGUCGAGGAUUUCCAGGUAGUCGUAAUGAUAUUAACGUUCUUGAUAGAUCCCCUUUGUUUAACGAUGUUUUUGAAGGUCGUGCACCUUCUAUUAACUAUGUUGUGAAUGACCAUCAUUACAAUAUGGGAUAUUAUCUCACUGAUGGCAUAUAUCCUAAAUGGGCAGCAUUCAUUCCUACAAUAUCACUACCACAAAAUGAAAAAGAAGGUAUUUUUGCCAAAUUACAAGAAGCUAGACGAAAGGAUGUUGAGCGUGCUUUUGGAGUAUUACAAGCUCGUUUUGCAAUAAUACGGAAUCCUGCGCUAGCUCGUGACACAUCAAUGUUAGGAAAAAUAAUGAUAGCAUGUAUCAUUAUGCACAAUAUGAUCGUUGAGGACGAAAGAGAUACGUAUAAAACGUAUUACGAUCCAAAUGAAUAUGAUCAAGCUACAAACGCGUCUUCAAGUAAUAGAAACACUGAAGAGCCUUUUCAGUUCGAAAAUAGCAACAACCGAAUUGCAAGUUUGGAAAUUUAUAUGUCUAAUAGAGCUCGUGUUCGUGAUGAAGCUAUGCAUAAAGCCUUAAAGAAAGACUUAGUUGAACAUAUGUGGCUCAAAUUCGAUGUUCACAGUAGGCAAAAUAAUUUGCGUUAA